UUGUCGUGUGGCUCUCUAGCGCUCAGCGCCGCUGUGGUCAGUGCAGGAACUACACGAGCGCCGCUCUGGGAGGAGCACCGCUGUCACAGCGUGCAGGAGGACACUUAACAACAAGCGCAGAGCUGCCGGCGGAUCGCAUCUGGUCGUCAGCAUGGCUCGUGUACAACAGAAAAUACAAUCUCAGCAGAAAAACGCCAAGAAGCAGGCCGAGAUCAAGAAAUCCAAAGGCCACGACCAGAAGACCGCGGCCAAAGUGGCGCUGGUGUUCACAUGUGGCGUCUGCAGGUCACAAAUGCCAGAUCCCAAGACCUUCAAGCAGCAUUUUGAGAGCAAGCACCCCAAGAGCCCUCUUCCCCCAGAGCUGGAGGGCGUGGAGGCAUGAACGGCCCAGACAACAGAGGUUGAUUGUGUAAAACGUCACAAUAAGAGUCCUGAUCGCAAAUUUUAUUCAGCAGGACACGAUCAGCGCUCUUACCUGAGUUUUAUACAUGCAUCUUCCCCUUCACUGCAGACAUGAAUCCUGUGGAUCAAAGACUGAUGACGUUUAGCUUCCCUCUCUCAACACUUUCAGAGCACUUGCCUUGGCUACGAUCAGAUCAACCUGCACUCACAUGCUUUCUUUUCUCAUCUUACUUGUGUAAUUUAAUAGAUUGAGAGAAAUUAGAACACUACCAGUGAUUGUCAAUUUCCUCAAUUGAUCAUCAGUAACAUAAAUGUGGUAGUUACGGACAUAUUUGUCUGCUUUUGCUUGUUAGAUAAGUCAUGGAUGAGUGCAAAUGGAUAUGGGAGCGGUUUCCCACUACUUUUAGCCUGGGCAAAAACGUUAAUUUUUAUUUUUUUAUUUUUUUCCCUCCUCAUUUACUAAUUUUGCUUUCCACCGAUCAAUCUCUUUUUGUCCAAAACAAGCUGGUUCUGUACACUGAACCUGGAAUCUGAUGUGUUUCUGUAAAAUCACUGGAUGUGCCCGAGGUUACUGUAUUCUUAAUUUAAUGUUGCUGCAGAAGUUAUUUCUCUUCGGAAUUAUUUCAAACAAAAUUGCCUCAAUGUUUGAUUUUCCUGCUCAAGCCACCUGGUUUCCACACCAAUGUAAUAUAUCUCUUUAAUAAAAUUGUACUUUUAAGUCAUUGUGAGGCAUGUCUUCAACACAGUAGGUAAGAAACCUAUGUCCAAAAACUUGAUCUGAAUAUAGUUUUAAUGUGUGAAUGGAAAAAGAAUUGACAGUGGCAACCAGGAACAGUGUUUCUAGGGCAGUUAUUAUGCAUCAUUACCUUGGCAACAACACAGCAGGUCAUUAAUCACAGCAGAAGCAAACAGAAUCGGACUCUGCCUGUUUGACCUAGUAUAUGUCUGGAGUUCUGGCCCAGUGAACUGAUGUUUUAAACUGGUUUUACAUUAGCUCAGUACAUGCAGAUUUGCACAAUGAUUGUCCUUUGCUAUCUUGUUAUUGUUAACUAAAACUAUUAAAAAUAAUUUUUGUUA